AAUAUGUUGUUUUACUUACGUAUUUUUGACAAUGACAAUUAGAAAAGUAUAAAUAUAUAUAUAUUUACCGGUGUUUAUUUUGUUUAUAGGUUAUUAUUACAAAGUAUUUUUUAUCUACUGCGAUUGCCAAUAUACGAUAAAUCUAUCAGUUUUAAAAAUGGAAUCAAAUCAAACUAAUUAUUUUGAAAGUUAUGAAGACUUGGAGAUUCACAGAUUAAUGCUUGAAGAUGAAUCCAGGAACAAAGCAUAUAAAGAUGCCAUUAUGAAUAAUAAAUCCUAUUUAAAGGAUAAAACUGUAAUGGAUGUUGGUUGUGGUACUGGAAUUUUAUCUAUAUUUUGUGCCCAAGCUGGUGCUAAAAAAGUUUAUGCAGUUGAAGCUAGCAAUCUUGCAAACUUGGCUAAAGAAAUAGUCAAAGAAAAUAAUUUUGAAAAUGUUAUAGAGGUAAUUCACAGUAAAGUGGAAGAUGUUUCAUUGCCUAACAAUAUUAAAGUGGAUGUCAUAGUGUCAGAGUGGAUGGGAUUUUAUCUACUGCAUGAAGGGAUGCUGGACUCAGUGCUGGUGGCUAGAGAUAAGUUUCUGAAGGAUGAUGGGCAGAUGUUCCCUGAAAGUGCUACAAUUUACAUUGCACCAUGUAGUGUUCCUACUUUAUACCAAAAAUGGGAUAAUUUACAUGGGAUAUCAAUGUCUUUAUUUGCUAAACAUUUAAGAGAAAGUCGAUACAACAAACCUGAAAUAAUGCACAUACAGUCAAAGGACCUCCUUGCAAGUGAAACAGCACUGUGUUGGAUCAACCUAAAAGAGGAUACUGCAUCAGACUUAGAUUCAUAUAGUAUACAACAUGUUGCAGCCAUAAGUAAAAAUGGAUCAUACCAAGGCUUAUGUGUGUGGUUUAAAUGUACAUUCCCUAAUAUAACAAAUGACGGUGAUGCUAGCCAAGUGAGGUUAGAUACAAGUCCUAAUAGUUUACCAACACAUUGGAAACAAGCUGUCAUAGUUCUACCUCAAGCACAAGAGGUUGAAGAAGGGGAACCUAUAGCAUUUCAGCUAGACAUGAUAAGAGAUCAACUUGAUAAAAGAAGAUACAAUUUGGAACUGACAUUACUAGAUCCAGAGGUUGUUGAACAUCCUCUCCCAUGUACUUGUCACAUGACUAAAUGCAUACUUACUAAGGCAGUAUUGGAACAGCAUGCUGAGAAAACAAUUGUAGAAGUCAACUCAAAUAGUCAAAAAGACAGUAUAUUAAUAGAGGAAGAUAUAGAUGAUGAAGAUUCAUCAUCAUCUAUCUAUGGUGAAGAUUAAAUGAUAAUGCAAAUGUAUUAUGAUGAUAUAUUUAUAUUAAUAACUUGAAUAUUUUAUAACAAGAUAUUUUUCAUUAUAAUUACAUUUUUUCAAAAGAAUAGAACAAAAUUUGAUUCCCUUAGUAACAUAAAGUUUAACUUGACUCAUUUAGGUUCGUAACUCAAUGUUACUGGCAAAUAAAUUUCAUUUCAUUUCAAUGUUGCCUUUGGCAUUAAUAAUCAUUGAGAAGUCUGAUUAGAAUUAUAAAGAACUUAGCGUAAUUGUGAACAUUAUUGAAAUUAAAUUUUAUUUAUUGA